AUGGAGGACAACAUCCCCCAAGACCUUGGCAAUGGUGUCGAAAAUAAUGAAGGAGGAGGAGGAGGUCAAGGAGGAGGUCAAGGUGGCGGAGGAGGAAAUGGUGGAGGAGGAGGAGGAGGAGGAAAUUCUGACAACGAAUCAUCGGAGGGUGGCUUCCAUAUUAACACAAUGGAGGCAGGAGUUUUAGGAGCAGCGGGAGGAGCAUUAGCAGCAGGAGGAUUCUUUUAUAGGAAAAAUAAAAAAUUAAAAAGACAAUUUAGUGGUGAGCAUGAUGGAUAUAGCGGGUAUGGACGCCAUGGUGGUGGAGGCGGCGGAGGAUAUCAUCAUGGUGGUGGAAAUAACGACGGAUAUCAUGGUGGUGGAAACAACGACGGAUAUCGUGUUGGUGGAAAUGGCGAUAGACGUCAUGGUGGUGGAAAUGGCGAAGGACAUCAUGGUGGUGGAAAUAACGAUGGAAAUCAUGGACAUCAUGAAGACCAUCAUUCACCGCAUUUUAUUGUGCAUCAUUUUUUUAAUCAUGAUAAGCAUGACGAGAAGAAUAAGGAUAAAAAGAAGGAUCAUGGCGAUUAA